GCACAAGUUCUUCCUUGUCCGUGCUUUGGUUCCUCUCCACAAGGCUAAAUGGGCAUCGGUUUAUGAUAGGUCCCAGUUAGAGCAAUCAAUGUUGUUCAAAACAAGAACAAGAACACUUUGGUUUUCAAAGACAAGUUUACUGCAAUUUUUUCUCUUCUCUCCUUCAUUUAACGUAAGCUGAUCUUAAAUACAAAAUAGAUUAACUAACCAAUACUUCAACUUGGGCAACUAACACAUCCACUAAUUAAGGAAACAAAAAUCCCACUAAACAUCGAAUAAAUAAAGAUAAACUAUUGAAACUAUUGAUUUGAUCUUGGUGAAGUUGGCCACGUCAUCUUCUUCUCCAUGUUGUAUCUCAUCAGUUUAUCACCAACAGCUUUGUUAUUGUAUAGUUCAGUUUGUAGAGAAAGACUCAUACUGUUAUUAGAGAGCCUUGUGAAGUAUUGUCCUAUGAUGAAUAGCUCAAAGGAAGUAAUGUUUCUUGGUGAGUUAGAAGAAGUCUUGGAAGCAACUCAAGACGUUGAGUUUAAACUUGUAUGGUCUCUUUACUCCGACAACUUGCUCUAUGCAUCAACAGUUAACAUUUUCAGGUUCAGACAUCAUAACUCUGUGUUUCUCUCGUAAGUUGUUACCUAUAAGGAAGUUGUGUCUUUGUGUUUGUUAGGUUGCUGAAAGAGCAUUGUUUCUAUGUAACACGCGUGGACAUUGGACCAAGCUGCUCAGAGUCUGACUCUAAACGUUAGAAAAGUAUUUUGCGACUUGGACCAAGUUCUCUUCGAUUAGUGUUUAGUCAAAUUCCAAGUAGAAGAAGAGGAUAAAACAGAGGUUAAAGCGAAACGGAAAAGAACGUGGAAGCGGUCAGAAGAUUUGGCGGAUAAGGCAGUGAUGGUCCCAAGACUUGUGUCCUCAGUCAAUCUUGCAAGCAUAUUUGAGUCUACAGGUAGUAGUUGAAGAAACUGGCAGAUUCAGAUUUUGAGUUGUUAACCUAAAGCAAUCUGGACCGGUUGUAAUCAAUAAGAGAGGGGUGUGAAGUUAUCUCAAUUCUCAUCAGUGAAUACUUUUGUUAACAACUUUUUGGUUUGUUUUUGAGUUUUUCUUCCGGUAACGUAUGUACUGUAAGAAACUAUAGGGAUCGGAUAUGGUUUUUGAGAGUCAUCUGUAUAAAUAUUUUUUUAAUCAAACAUUUUGGAUCAAACUAAACCAAAGAAAAUAAUCCAAUCUUGUUACCAGAUCAAACCGACAAAAGAAAGCAAACCAGUUAGAAAUGCGAUUCUUCAGAAUCAACCCUUCAAUUCUUCACAUGUAUUCUAAAAAUCUGAACUGAAACCAAACCGAACAUUAUGUCCCAUAAACCGAAAAUAUGAAAACUUAUAAGAAACGAACCGAAACCUGGAUUGGACACAGCUAAUUUUAAAACCUGGUUAAAGAUAAACCAAGCUCAUAGGUGUGAGUUAUGUUGGUUUUGUGUGAACAACUGAAAUAUAUUAUGUUUUGUGGGGAAGCUUGUUAACAGGAGAUUGCACAGCUACAUCCCAGUCCAAGAUAUAUUGUGGUUGCUCUAUCCACGCUGCUUUUGUUAACCAGGAAUUGGGACGUGUGUAACUUCCAAACCGAUAAUCUUGUCAACCUUACGGCCGGUAGAGUUUGCGGUUUGCUAUUUAUAGAAAUGAUUUUCUAGGGGGUGGGGAUUUCACUUAAAAUUUAUUUAAUGCUUCAGUAUGUAUGUAUAUUCCCACGUCACCAGUUGACAUUUUUAUAAAUUUCUAUAAUAAAUUUGUCAAGUUCGACGUCGACAAUCUCAGCAUCUUACGGCAAUGAUUGAUUGAUUGUACUGAAAUGAAUCAGAUUUUCUCUUCUUUUUCUUUCAAGUAUUAAAAAUUUUGAAAUUGUGACGGAUAUUCUUUCCAGGCUAGAAUAAGUCUGCCAUAAUGUUGUGAACAUAAUGAUCAUUUCAUUUUAUGUGUUAUUUUCAUAAACAAUUGUGUAUUACAGAUACUAAGACCACAGUUAAAUGUAGUUUCCUAAGCAGCCCAGAUAUGAAGAUGAUACUCAAUAAUUAUAAAUUGAUAUGAAAUAAUGAUAAUUCAAUUAUUAUGAGAUUACAAUCUUAAUACAUGAUACAUACUUCCUCCUGCUCAUAAAAACCGUCACUUUAACAUUUUUUUCUUAUUACAAAAAAUGUUAUUCUCGAAAUUCAAUGCAACUUUUAUCCAAAAUUUAUGUUCUAACCUCGAUUACUAUUAUUAAUUUUUCUCUAUAGCUAUUACUAAUUGUAGUUAUUAAGGAUACAAAUGAAUUUUACUCAAUUUUUUUAAUUAAAGUAGGCAGGGCCACUAGGGUCCUCGGGUUCGGAUCUCCUCGGAUCCGGAUCUUUCGAGUCUUAGAUAUUAAGAUCUUUUAGGAUAACUAAAAUUUGCUAAGUCAGGUUCAGUUCGGAUCAUGUCGGGUCCGGAUCGAUUAUGAUCUUAGAUAGUUAGACCUAAUAGGGUAAUUAGAAUUUUUUAUUUUGAGUUUGGUUCGGUUCUAGAUCGGGUUCGGUUCGGAUCCAAUCUAAAAAAUAUCUGAAACACACAAAAAUACCUGAAAAUAUUUAAAUACUUGAAAAAUAUCUAAUAUUUUUAUCUAAAAUCUGACCAAAGACAUGAAAAUACCCAAAAUUUUAUUUGAUUAUCCGAAUUAUUUUGAAAAUCUAAAGUAUACCCGAAACCCAAAACUAUACCCUAAAACUCAAAUCUAAAACUUAAAAAAUACCCAUAAUACCAAAAAAUAUAUUGAAACAUCCAUAUAUACCUAAUAGAUACCUGAAGUCGGGUAUUCCGGAUAUCCCAUCGGAUCUCAAAUUUGGGUCGGGUCGGUCCAAGGCCCGCAGGUCCUCCACGAUAAGGCUCAAUAGAGUAAAAAGAUCGGUUCAGUUCCUAUCCAAACUGGGAUUUUUUGGGUUAGUUUUGGAUCAGAUCUUCGGAUCGAGAUCAAAUGUCCAUGCAUAAAUCAAAGUGAAGAGUCAAAAUGACACUUUUUAAUAAACAGAGUAAAUAUAAAAUUAGUUUUCUUUCAUUGCUAUUUAAAUUCUGAAACAUACUACAAGGAUUUGAUAUUGAUGAUCGAAAAAUUCCAUGUAUGAUCAAACUUCUCAAUAGGGCUGAAAGAAAUAACAUUGGUACAACAUAUAUUUCAAUCCUUCCAAAUUUCCUACCUACUUCGGGUUUAGAAUGAAAUUGUUGAUUCAUUAAGUAGAUCUGCAAAAUCAUUUUAUAAAGAUCUUUUUAUGUUGAUUGUUCUAUAAUUCAAGAAUAACUCUUUGUAUGAGUGGUAGUAUGUCUUUUGAUGUUUAAAAAGUUUAUUUGUUGUAAAAUUAUUAUAAUAAUAUUUUUUAUAAUUUGUAAUAAAAUAACAAAUAAACGUCAUAAAGCAAAAUCUGAAUCUCUUAAAUUUUUUUCUCUACCAGGCCAAUCAAAUCAUAGUAAAUACUUUCUUUAUUAGAAAAGACAAAAGAAUGACGAUAUACAUUGAUUUGUUUCAACAACAUAUAUAAAUUCGGUAAUUAUCUUCUUUUUUUUGCCGUCGGUAAUUAUCUUAUCUAUAUACGUUUCUGUUCCGUUUUCAUUGUUUGUAACUAUUAACGAAUUAAAAACACAGGUUUAAUUGAAAUAAUACAAGAUCAAAAUCAUUCUUCAAACGGUGAUUUUCUUUUUGACAAUUUGUUUCAACUUUUUGAAAGCCGAUGAAUAAAAAAAGAAAGAACCGGGGAAUUAAUAAAUAUCGAAAAACGUUAAACAAGAGCCGACGUCAGAAAAAAGGGAAAACAUAAAAUAUAGCCGUUAUGAACAUGUUAACGUGGCAUGAACUAUAAGUCGAAGUAGUCAUCGCAGUCCCCUUAAAAUUUAUUUUUAAGAAUCGGUUUUAGAAGUUGGUUUGCUAAGACCCUACUCUACGAACUUCAUUAAUCAUCUUCUAACGUUUUAUAACCAUUUGUAAUUUUUUUAAAAGAAACUGAAAAGGAAACAGUAACGGACAUUGUAUAUAUAAUUAUAUUUAUCGUCACGAACAUUUGAAACAACAAAACAAUUCAUUUUUUCUUUAAAUUAUUUAACAAAAAUAACUUUUUCCAGGUGACACAUGCUGAACUAAUUUAAUACUAUCAUUUAUUGAUUUUACUAGUAACACCCAAAACGUAAGAAUCAGCAGAGAUCUGAGUAGAGUUGAAUCUUGGAUAUAUUUCCCACAAAAUAAAAACACAUAUAGAAAAUAAUCUGUCAUUCUAGUUUUAUUAAUGAUUUUAUUUCUUCUUCUGAUCCAAGACCCUUCUCCUUCUUCUUAUUCAACAGAGUCUGCAGUUUCGUCUUCGUCGUUUCCAUCCUCAACUUUGUUUGACUUCACUGAAACAAACAACAAUCCGAGAUUCGUCGCUAAGUUCUUGAGAAGGAAGAUUGUUCAUUCUUGAAAGUCAUGGCUACACUAAGCGAUAUUGGAGUUGCAGCAGCCAUCAACAUUCUAACUGCAUUCGCUUUCUUCAUCGCCUUUGCUAUCCUUAGGCUUCAACCUGUUAAUGACAGAGUUUAUUUCCCUAAAUGGUAUCUCAAGGGUUUAAGGAGUAGCCCCAUUAAAACAGGUGGCUUGGCCAGCAAGUUUGUCAAUUUGGAUUUUCGAUCUUACAUCAAAUUCUUGAACUGGAUGCCACAAGCACUGAGAAUGCCAGAGCCUGAGCUCAUCGACCACGCAGGAUUGGAUUCUGUCGUCUAUCUGAGGAUUUACUUACUAGGGUUGAAGAUUUUUUUCCCAAUAGCAUGUCUUGCUUUCACGGUAAUGGUGCCUGUUAACUGGACCAACACGACGUUGGAUAAGUUACAGAACCUAACUUUCAGUGACAUUGAUAAACUCUCUAUAUCAAAUAUACCAAAUGGAUCAUCAAGGUUUUGGGUGCAUUUAUGUAUGGCUUAUGUGAUUACUUUCUGGACAUGCUUUGUCUUAAAACGAGAGUACAAGAAUAUUGGUUCCAUGAGGCUACAGUUUCUUGCUUCUGAUCAAAGGAGACCUGACCAGUUUACAGUCCUGGUGAGGAACAUUCCUCCAGAUCCUGAUGAAUCAGUUAGUGAGCUUGUUGAGCAUUUCUUUAAAGUCAAUCAUCCAGAUUACUACCUCACUUACCAGGCUGUCUACAACGCAAACAAGCUGUCUGAAUUGGUUCAGAAGAGGAAGAAAUGUCAGAACUGGCUUGAUUACUACCAAAACAAACACUCUAGGAAUCCAUCUAAAAGGCCUAUGAUCAAGGUGGGUUUUCUUGGCUGUUGGGGUGAAGAAGUUGAUGCAAUCGACUGCUACACCGAAAAAAUCGAGGGCCUAACAAGAAAAAUAAGUGAAGAGAAGGAGAAAGUAACAAGCAGCACAAAGUCACUAGUCCCUGCAGCUUUUGUAUCUUUCAAAAGGCGUUGGGGCGCAGUUGUUUGCGCUCAAACUCAACAAUCAAGAAACCCAACAGAGUGGCUUACAGAAUGGGCUCCAGAGCCAAGAGACAUCUACUGGGACAAUCUUGCAUUGCCUUAUGUCCACCUCACUAUCAGAAGACUAGUGAUAGCCGUCUCUUUCUUCUUCCUCACUUUCUUCUUCAUGAUCCCAAUAGCAUUCGUGCAGACACUAGCCAACAUUGAAGGCAUUGAGAAGGCUGUUCCGUUCUUGAAACCUCUCAUCGAAAUGAAAGCUAUUAAGUCGUUUAUCCAAGGCUUCCUCCCCGGUAUAGCAUUGAAGAUCUUCCUAAUUGUCCUCCCUAGCAUACUGAUGUUCAUGUCGAAAUUCGAAGGCUUCAUAAGUAAAUCUUCACUAGAGAGAAGAUGUGCAAGCAGGUACUACAUGUUCCAGUUCAUAAACGUUUUCCUCUGCAGCAUUAUCGCCGGUACUGCACUUCAACAGCUUGACAGCUUCUUGAACCAAUCUGCAACCGAGAUCCCAAAGACUAUCGGUGUGUCGAUACCGAUGAAAGCCACUUUCUUUAUAACCUACAUAAUGGUGGACGGGUGGGCUGGUGUUGCUGGAGAGAUACUGAGGCUGAAGCCGUUGGUGAUAUAUCAUCUCAAGAACUUCUUUCUUGUGAAAACUGAGAAAGAUAGAGAAGAAGCAAUGGAUCCUGGAACUAUAGGGUUCAACACCGGUGAACCGCAGAUACAACUCUACUUCAUACUUGGUCUUGUUUACGCUGCUGUUAGCCCUAUUCUCCUUCCUUUCAUCCUUGUCUUCUUCGCCUUAGCUUAUGUUGUUUACCGUCAUCAGAUUAUAAAUGUGUAUAACCAAGAGUAUGAGAGUGCUGGAGCGUUCUGGCCUGAUGUUCAUAGACGUGUAGUGAUUGCUUUGAUCGUGUCUCAGCUUCUUUUAAUGGGAUUACUUAGCACAAAACAUGCAUCUCGUUCGACUCCAUUGCUUUUCAUACUUCCUGUGUUAACCAUAGGGUUCCACAGAUUCUGCAAAGGACGUUAUGAACCGGUUUUUGUCAGAUACCCAUUACAGGAUGCAAUGGUUAAAGAUACCUUGGAACGCACGAAAGAACCGAAUUUAAACUUGAAAACGUUUCUUCAAAACGCGUAUGUGCAUCCAGUGUUUAAGGCGGCGGAUAAUGUAAAGGAUGAGAUGGUUGUGGAGGAGCCGAGGGCUGAUCAGACGCCGGAUUUAGUGGCUACUAAACGCAGUUCAAAGAGACAUACUAGUGGCUCAUCUUUUGAAACCUAUUGACAAGUUUUUUGAUGAGAUUUGUUUAAUGGUAUUUUUUAACAGAUGUUUUUUAUAGGUUUUUGGAAGAAGUUUUUUUCCAAAUUUAUUUUCUUUUCUUUUUGUCUUAUCAUUAAAUAUCUUUAAAAGUCAGUGUAUAGAUGAAGAAUUGAUUGAUCAAAGAGCAAUACAAAAAAAUGUUUGCGGUAA